GUCAAAAAUUUAGUAGCAGUAUUUUAGGAGGCCUUUGUUGUCGUGUUUUUUCAGGUUCUUUUGUUUUUCCGUUGAUCGUUGGUUCCACUCAGUUUCACCAUAACCCGUGGACUUUGAAAAUUGAAAAUUCUAUAGCCACUUCCGCGACUGACUCAAACGCUGCAUUUUCUUUUUUCUUUCAGGGAACCAUCCACCCAUAACAACAAAAUAACAACAGCAAGCUGUGUUUUUUUUUAUCAUUCUUUUUCUUUAAACAAGCACCCCCAUCAUGGAAUCGUGCUCAUAACGCCAAAAUUUUUCGUUUCCCUUUCAUUUUUAGUUUCUUUUGCGGAAUUGGCAGUUGGGGGCGCAAUUGAAUGAUGGGUCUGUUGACGAAUCUUCGAGGCUCGAGAACAGAUGGUGCCCAACAAGAUAGCUUACCCGUUUUGGCUCCGGGUGGCAACCCAAAGAAGAAAUGGAGCAAUCUAAUGCCUCUUGUUGUUGCCCUUGUGGUCAUCGCGGAGAUCGCGUUUCUGGGUAGGUUGGAUAUGGCCAAAAACGCCGCCAUGGUUGACUCCCUCGCUGACUUCUUCUACCGCUCUCGAGCGGUUGUUGAAGGUGAUGAUUUGGGGUUGGGUUCGGUGGCUUCUGAUCGGAAUUCUGAAUCGGAUAGUUGUGAGGAAUGGUUGGAGAGGGAGGAUGCUGUCACGUAUUCGAGGGACUUUUCUAAAGAGCCUGUUUUUGUUUCUGGAGCUGACCAGGAGUGGAAGUCGUGUUCGGUUGGAUGUAAAUUUGGGUUUAGUGGGGAUAAGAAGCCAGAUGCCGCAUUUGGGUUACCUCAACCAAGUGGAACAGCUAGCGUUCUGCGAUCAAUGGAAUCAGCAGAAUACUAUGCUGAGAACAAUAUUGCCAUGGCAAGACGAAGGGGAUAUAACAUUGUAAUGACAACCAGUCUAUCUUCGGAUGUUCCUGUUGGAUAUUUUUCAUGGGCUGAGUAUGAUAUGAUGGCCCCAGUGCAGCCGAAAACUGAAGCUGCUCUUGCAGCUGCUUUCAUUUCCAAUUGUGGUGCUCGAAAUUUCCGGUUGCAAGCUCUUGAGGCCCUUGAAAAAUCAAACAUCAAGAUUGAUUCUUAUGGUGGUUGUCACAGGAACCGUGAUGGAAGAGUGAACAAAGUGGAAGCCCUGAAGCACUACAAAUUUAGCUUAGCGUUUGAAAAUUCGAAUGAGGAAGAUUAUGUAACUGAAAAAUUCUUCCAAUCCCUUGUUGCUGGUAUGGAUAUGUAUAUAUUGUAUCUCUGUUCUCUUGCCUUUCUAUAUAUACAAAACAUUUAUUAAUAACACUAGUUCAUGGGCUACACAAACAUUUUAGUUUGGCUCUUACAUCCCAUCUGAUUUUCUUUUUACAUCUACAAUUUUCUGUUGAAAUAGAAUUGAAUGCUCAAUUUUGAGUAAGUUCAGCAAAAUUAAGGACGAUAAAAAGUUCACAACUAAAUUCAGGAAAAUAUUUCUUGAACAUAAAAUUUAGACAACAAAUCAUUGUUCCUUUGGUUUUAUGCCGAUUUUUAGAGAUGUAUUUAUAUGGAAAAGAUAAAGUUAAAAAAACUUAUACUGUCAAUUUUUUAUAAUCAAAUAAUGAAAUUCUUAAAUUUAUUGAUCAACUAGUCCUUUUUACGGUUGUAGGCUGGUGUAGACAUUCUUUAGUUGCAAUCAAUCAUCUUAACUCUUACAUAAUGCUCUUUGAAAUUUUCACACUUGAAUAUGAUCCUCUAUCAAUGUCUUGAGUUCAUUGCUUCAAACUAAUUGCCAACGAUACUGGUAUUUCAAUCUGCUUCAGGUAUCCAAUACAUAGUUGGUACCAAUAUACUGAUACUAUGUAUUUAUGAUUUCAAGCCUUUAAAAAAUUACAAAAACUUAAUAGAAAUUCAUACAAGACAUAGAUGCAAUUAUAAUAUUUAUAAUAUAGGAACAUUGAAGCUUUGUCCCUUGACGGAUUUAAGAAGGGAAGAUGUAUUCUAUUUCUGUUUUUGGACAAUAGAGAGUGAUUUAUGAUAACAAAGGUUUAUAAUUUUUAUUCUUUUAGUAAUUUCCUAGAAGUGUGUUUUUAAAAUGGAUUUGCAGAAUUGCAAUUAUAUAUUUUAUGAACUUUUAUAUAUCUUUAGAUAUACAUAAUGUAUUGAUGUAGUGUAUGAGAUACACAUUGUGUCUGUGUGCAUCAUAAACUGGCAAUAUACUCAGCAUUUGUGAAUGAACAUUGAAAUGAUGAACCGAACUUAAAAUAGUGUGCAAGGUACACUUGGUGAUAGUGUACUGUUGGCAUAAAUUCAAGAAAUAUACUGAGUGAAGUGGAAAUUUACAAAAAUUUCCUGAAAGACAAUUUUUUCUCUAACACGUGAUAAUAUAUUAAUGUGCAACCAAGUCAUAUUCUUGUAUUCUGGGAUGCUUCAACAUGAAAAAUGCAUUUCCAUAUAAACUUAACGGAAUGGGGUCUGGUUUCUCAAAUUUUGCACAA